GAGAGGGAGGGAGGAAGAGAGGGAGGGAGGGAAGGAAGGUUAAAGCAGGGGGCAGUGCCCCCUCCCACCUCCAAAGGACAUAGUUCUGAAACGCCCAUCUACCCCUUGGCCAGUUCGCAAAUCCUCUGAUGCAGAAUCAAAGGUAAGGUAACACAGGGAAACGGCAUAUUAUUUUUAAUCGGAAUGCACCUUGAUUCUCUAUUGUCCCGCCAACUGGUCCGCAUAUCAACAGCAGCAAACCUCCCCCUGUCUACCACCGCCAGUCGCCUCUCCACAGCUGGGAAAUCAAGGAGACCCUGCUAAGUGGGCCCUAUCCACUCUCUGGCAAACGUUUGAUCGCAGGCGGAGUACAGAGUGCAGAUUGCCAAGACUUCCUGUUUGAAGGCCCACCCCCCUCAUCUCCUCCGCGUGGGGACUGGCUCUCCGGCCAGGUCAAAGGUCAUCUCCGAGCAUGUUGCCCACCUGCCGCCUCUCCUGCCUGUCAGUCCUGCUGCCAUUGGCGGGCCUGCUCUUAUCACAGCUGCUGAUUGGCUGCAAUGCCUUAACCCCGCCCAGAUUCAGCAAGGUUCCCGUCGACCAGAUAGGCGUGUCGGGGGGCGUGGUCUCCUUCGUGUGCCAGGCCACGGGCGACCCGAAACCACGGGUCAGCUGGAACAAGAAAGGCAAGAAGGUCAACUCCCAGCGCAUCGAGACGAUCGAGUUUGACGAGGGCGCGGGGGCGGUGCUUCGCAUACAGCCCCUCAGGGCGCCGCGAGACGAGAACAUCUACGAGUGCGUGGCCGAAAACACCGAGGGAGAGAUCACCGUCAGCGCCAAGCUGUCCAUCAUCAGAGAGGACCUCCUCCCGUCAGGCUUCCCCAACAUCGACAUGGGCCCCCAGCUGAAGGUGGUGGAGCGCACCCGUACCGCCACCAUGCUCUGCGCGGCCAGCGGCAACCCCGACCCGGAGAUCACCUGGUUCAAAGACUUCCUGCCCAUUGACCCCAGCGCAAGUAACGGGCGAAUCAAACAGCUGAGAUCAGGCGCCCUGCAGAUAGAGAACACUGAGGAGACGGACCAGGGGAAGUACGAGUGUGUGGCGUCCAAUGUUGAGGGCGUCCGCUACUCCUCCCCUGCUAAUCUAUACGUGCGAGUCCGCCGCGUGCCCCCCCGGUUUUCCAUCAUGCCCACCAACCACGAGAUCAUGCCGGGCGGCAGCGUGAACAUCACCUGCGUGGCGGUGGGCUCGCCCAUGCCCUACGUCAAGUGGAUGCUCAACUCCGAGGACCUGACUCCGGAAGACGAGAUGCCGGUGGGCCGGAACGUCCUGGAGCUCACCGGCGUCCACGAGUCGGCCAACUACACCUGCGUGGCCAUGAGCAGCCUGGGAAUCAUCGAGGCCGUGGCCCAGAUUAUCGUCAAGUCCCUGCCCAAACCUCCGGGCACUCCGCUGGUAACCGAGACGACCGCCACAAGCGUGACCAUCACCUGGGACUCGGGCAACCCCGAACCGGUCACCUAUUACAUCAUCCAGUACCGCGCCACCUCCCCGUUCAGCAAGUUUGAGACGCGCGACAGCAUCACCACCACCCGCUACAGCAUCGGCGGGCUGUACCCCAACACGGAGUACGAGAUCCGCGUCUCUGCCUUCAACACCAUCGGCCAGGGCCCCCCCAGCGAGCCCGUGGUGGCCCGGACAGGGGAGCAGGCCCCCGCCAGCCCGCCCCGAAACAUCAACACCCGCAUCCUGUCCCAGAACUCCAUGGUGGUGCGCUGGACCGAGCCGGAGGAGCCUAACGGGCAGGUGCAAGGCUACCGGAUCUACUACACCAUGGACCCCAGCCAGCCCAUGGGCCAGUGGCAGGUGCACAACGUGCAGGACAGCCUGCUGACCACCAUCGGGAGCCUCACGCCCUCGGAGACCUACACCAUCAGGGUGCUGGCCUUCACCUCGGUGGGGGACGGGCCCUUCUCCGAUGCCAUCCAGGUCAAGGUGAUGCAGGACGUCCCCACACAGCCGAUCAACUUCCAGGUGGGCGCGGUUUCGGACACGAGCAUCGAGCUAACCUGGGAGCCCGACCAGGACAAGACCAUCAUCAUCUAUGACCUGCGCUAUCGAGAAGGCAAGCAGGGCAGCCCGAUGUCCAAAACCUUCCCCCCCUCGUCGUCCUGCAUGUUGACUGGCCUAAAAGCGAACACGGAGUACUACUUCUCCCUGGCAGCCGUUUCCAAGAAGGGCUUCGGCGCCUUUACCAACGAAAUCCAACAAACCACCGCGCAAGCCAAGCCUUCCGCCCCCCCUCAAGAAAUUAAGUGCAGCAGCUCCAGCUCCACCACCUUGCUGGUAAGUUGGCGCCCCCCGCCUGAGGAGGGCAUGAAUGGCGCCCUGGCGGGGUACGUAGUGCGCUACUGGGUGGAGGGAGCCUCGGCCAGCGCCGAACCCAUGGAGGAGCCCGCCCUGCCCCCCUCCUCUGGCACCCUCCUCCUGCAGGGGCUGGAGAAGUGGACCCAGUACCGCGUCAGCGUGGCCGCCUCCACUAGCAAAGGGACGGGUCCCCAGAGCCAGCCCCUGCUGUGCCGGACCGACGAGGAUGUGCCGGGGGCCCCUCCCCGCAGGGUGGAAGUGGAGGUCCUAAACUCCACGGCCCUCAAGGUGAUGUGGCGCUCGUUGUUGCCGGGGCGACAGCACGGGCAGAUCCGCGGUUACCAGGUGCACUACGUGCGCGUGGAGAACGGCGAGUCGCGCGGAAUGCCCCUGAUAAAGGACGUCAUGCUCGCCGACGCGCAGGAGAUGAUCAUAGGGGGCUUGCAGCCUGACACAACCUACUCCAUCACUGUGGCAGCGUACACCACUAAGGGAGACGGAGCUCGGAGCAAGCCCAAACUGGUGGUCACCAAGGGAGCAGUGCCCGGCCCGCCUCUCCUGUUGGUCCAUCAGGAGACGGACAGCUCCGCCAUGGUGCAGUGGCGGCCGCCGGAGGUGGUGCCGUCGGGGCAGGAGGUGGAGGGGUACAGGCUCCAGUUGGGGCGUAAGGACUUGAGUCCCCUGGCCACCCUGGAGUUCACGGCCCAUGAGCGGGGCUACACCGUGGACAACGUGCACCGCGGCGCCACCUACCUGUUCAAGCUCUCCGCCAAAAGCCGCUCGGGGUUCGGCGAGGAGGCCGUCCGGGAGCUGGACGUGCCCGAGGAGGCGCCCAGGGGGUACCCCCAAAUCUCGGGGGGGUCGAACGUGACCUGCUGCACGGUGCAGUUCUCCUGGCUGCCCCCGGUCCUGGCGGAGAGGAACGGGGCGAUCACCGAGUACACGGUGGCCUACAAGGAGGCGGGGGGUCCGGCGGGGACGCCCCGCGAACUCUCGCUGCCCGCCGCCGACCACAGCUACACGCUCAACGGCCUGAGGCCCGACUCGGCGUACGACGUGAAAAUCCGAGCGCACACGCGAGCGGGGCCCGGCCCCUACAGUCCGCCGGUGCAGUACCGGACCGGCCCGCUGCAGACAGACGUCCCCAAGAACUUCACGGUGAAGCUGGUCACUAAGACGACGGUGCUGCUGACGUGGAAGUUUCUAGAAAGCCAGACGCCAUUCAAGUGCACAAUUGAAUACAACCGUCUGAAGGUGGACGUGGAUGCCAAGCAGACCAAGGCCCUGAUCACCAACCUGAAGGCCAACAACACCUACGACUUCAGGAUCACCUGCCAGGACCAGACCACGGGCGGGCUGCGGCACCGCGUGGUCGCCCGGACCGCACCGCCCAUCCUGGUCAAGAAGCCCGAACUGGAGCAGAACCGCGAACCUGACAGCAGCUUGACCAUAACCUUCCCAGCCCUGGAGACCAAAGAGAUGAUCAAGAACAUCUACUUGGUGGUGGUUCCCCUCAGGAAAAAGAAGGGGCCUAUCAGACACAUUAAAAACCCUGACGAGAUGGACCUGGAGGAGCUCCUGCUGGACCUGGGAGCGUCGCGGCACGCCCGGACCACUCGGCAGCUGGGCCAGGUGGACCUGCGCAAGCCCUACAUCGCGGCGAGCUUCGAGCCCGCCUCGCUCCCCCAGACCUUCACCGUGGGCAACCAGAAGAAGUACAACGGCUACGAGAACCGCGCCCUGGAGCCGGGCCAGGAGUACGUCUUCUUCCUGCUGGCAGAGCUCAACACCACCACAGGGAAGAUGUUCGUGGCCAGCCCCUACACGGACUCCAUCAUGGCCCCGGACGUGGACCCCCGGCCCGUGGAGCAGGGCGGGGACGGGCUGAUCUGGGUGGUGGGCCCCGUCCUGGCAGUGGUCUUCAUCAUCUGCAUCGUCAUCGCCAUCCUGCUCUACAAGAACAGUAAAAGGAAACAGUCGGAACCACGGACAAAAUGUCUGCUGAACAACGCGGAGAUCGCGCCCCACCACCCCACCGAUCCUGUGGAGAUGAGGCGCAUUAAUUACCAGACCCCGGAUUCUGGCCUCAGCAGCCCUCUAAGCGAAGCCGAUUUUGACUAUGAAAGCAUGAUGAACCACCCGCCCAUCCCCAUCGCAGAGCUGGCUGAACACACGGAGGUGCUGAAGGCCAAUGACAACCUGAAGCUCUCGCAGGAGUACGAGUCCAUUGACCCGGGCCAGCAGUUCACCUGGGAGCAUUCCAACCUGGAGGUGAACAAGCCCAAGAACCGCUACGCCAACGUCAUCGCCUACGACCACUCCCGCGUCAUCCUCCUGUCCGUUGAAGGCAUCACGGGCAGCGACUACAUCAACGCCAACUACAUCGACGGCUACCGCAAGCAGAACGCCUACAUCGCCACGCAGGGCCCGCUGCCCGAGACGUUCGGGGACUUCUGGAGGAUGGUGUGGGAGCAGAGGGCCGCCACCGUGGUGAUGAUGACCCGGCUGGAGGAGAAGUCACGGAUUAAGUGUGACCAGUACUGGCCCAGUCGUGGUACAGAGACGUACGGAAUGACCCAGGUCACCCUGCUGGACACCAUUGAGUUGGCCACCUUCUGCGUCCGCACCUUCUCCCUGCACAAGAACGGCUCGAGUGAGAAACGAGAGGUUCGGCAGUUCCAGUUCACCGCGUGGCCCGACCACGGCGUUCCGGAGUACCCCACCCCGUUCCUGGCCUUCCUGCGGAGGGUGAAGACCUGCAACCCCCCUGAUGCCGGCCCCAUCAUCGCACACUGCAGCGCGGGCGUGGGCCGCACCGGCUGCUUCAUCGUGAUCGACGCCAUGCUGGAGCGCAUCAAGCACGAGAAGACGGUGGACAUCUACGGGCACGUGACGCUGAUGCGCUCGCAGCGGAACUACAUGGUGCAGACGGAGGACCAGUACAGCUUCAUCCACGACGCGCUGCUGGAGGCCGUGGCCUGCGGGAACACCGAGGUGGCCGCCCGCAGCCUGUACUCCUACAUACAGAAGCUGGCGCAGGUGGAGACCGGAGAGCACGUCACCGGCAUGGAGCUGGAGUUUAAGCGGCUGGCCAACUCCAAAGCCCACACGUCGAGGUUCAUAAGUGCCAACCUGCCCUGCAACAAGUUCAAGAACCGCCUGGUGAACAUCAUGCCCUACGAGACCACGCGCGUGUGUCUGCAGCCCAUCAGGGGCCUGGAGGGCUCCGACUACAUCAACGCCAGCUUCAUCGACGGAUACAGGCAGCAGAAGGCCUACAUCGCCACGCAGGGCCCGUUGGCGGAGACCACCGAGGACUUCUGGAGGAUGCUGUGGGAGAACAACUCCACCAUCGUGGUGAUGCUGACCAAGCUGAGGGAGAUGGGCAGGGAAAAGUGUCACCAGUAUUGGCCCGCGGAGCGCUCGGCCCGGUACCAGUAUUUCGUGGUGGACCCCAUGGCGGAGUACAACAUGCCCCAGUACAUCCUGAGAGAGUUCAAGGUCACAGACGCCAGGGACGGACAGUCCAGGACGGUACGGCAGUUCCAGUUCACCGAUUGGCCAGAGCAGGGAGUCCCGAAAUCCGGGGAGGGCUUCAUCGACUUCAUUGGCCAGGUGCACAAAACCAAGGAGCAGUUUGGGCAGGACGGGCCCAUCUCUGUCCACUGCAGUGCGGGCGUGGGCCGGACCGGAGUCUUCAUCACCCUCAGCAUCGUGCUGGAGCGCAUGCGCUACGAAGGCGUGGUCGACAUCUUCCAAACCGUCAAGAUGCUGCGGACACAGAGGCCCGCCAUGGUGCAGACCGAGGAUGAAUACCAGUUUUGCUACCAGGCAGGCUUGGAUUACCUAGGGAGUUUUGACCACUAUGCAACGUAAAAGCCAUCGUGUUCCCCCCCCGUUCUACCGUCCCCCUCGACAGUCUUCUGAGCCAUAGAAACUUGCUUGAAUUUAUGAAUGAUGACAACUCAAAAAAAAAAAAUCAGUACAAAUCACGAAAACGAAAAACCAACUUUAAAUAUAAAGUCGAGCAAACGCCGACGAGGCCGCACCCUAUUCGGACUUUGAAGGCAGUGAGGGAAGGAGUUUGAAGAGAAUCCAUCGCAAAAACACUUAAUGUUAGCCCCUCGCUCAGGUACUACAGAGAGCAGGAACCAAAACGGAGGCUGGAGCUGUGGGGGGUGGGAACGAUCUAAGUGUCGGACUGCUAACCUUACCUCAAGUGUUCAAACGUGACGGAGGACAUUAUAAAUAUUUUGUAAACAUCUAUUACGAAACCGAGUAUGUGAAAAAUUCUACAGCGUAUACAGUGAAUGAAGGAAGGAGAAACGGACAAAGUUAUGUUAUGACAGAGAGAUACAUUUUGACACCAGUCCCCCCCCCCCAACAAAAUACAUUUCAAAAAAUAUAAACAAAGCAUAUUAACAUGGAUCAUGAUUUUUAAAAAUCCUAUGUGAAAGAAAUUAGAUUGGGAUUUACCAUUUUACAUUGGUGGGGUGUUCCUAAUUUGGCUGAAGUGUUAACUCGUGAAUUUGGAGCCCAAUUGUUGGUCAUAAAAGGUGCGUAAAUCGGCACACCCACAAUGCCCUGUUGCUUCCUCUGUCCGUGGAUCGGCUCCCGUCGGAGGAGAAGUGCGAGAGAGACGUCACAAAGAUAAAAAUGUGUUGUCUUUGCAUCCCCCUCUCCAUUCGCCCUCUGCCACCCUGUGAGUCCCCCGCUUUCCCGAAACCCCAGCACCGGACUGCGGAAGGGCCCGGUCACUGCUGCCAGUCUUUGACUCCAGCCCGUGAAGGCGAGACAAGUGGCCCACCAUCGCCGGUGGAGAAAACGGCGCCGUUUUGGCGGAGAAGCCAAGAGUGUCCGAAUCGAGCCGGUUUCCGCUGUUGCAGAGCAGGGUUUCCGAGGCCUUUAGCUGUGUCGCGUGGACGGUCCGGUCGCCCUUGAAAGCCGACGGCGAGUUUUAGCGUGCUCCAGGGCCCUCCCUCUUGUCCCCUCUCUGGCUGGCAGGCCGAGCGUCUGUCCUGCGAUUGGCUCGACUCCGACCAAUGCCAUUCCAGUGCUCAAAAGAAGCCCAAGAACCGUGAGCGACCAUGUUCAUUCCAUUCUCCGCCUUUUCUGGAAUGAGAACCGCACGGAUCGCGGUGUUUUCCUUACGCGUGACACGCUGCUGGGGUGUGAUGUCUUACCCAGUGGGGGAGGGUUGGGGCGGAGGAGGUCUACUCCUUCAGCGAUUGGAUGGGAAGGCUACACUGUGAAGAAGGAUAAAGGAAAGAUGGAAGAAGGUCUUCUCUUUGGUUUUCCCAGUUCACUCAGCGAUGGCCAACAUCCUUCACUAACAUUUUAUCCUUUUACUCAUUUGAAUUUGUUAUUAUGAUUAUUAUUGUUAUUGUUGUGUUGGUUACUGCCUAUUACCAAACAUGCUGCUUGUGUUGUGUGUGCUGUACCGCAAUGGCGGUGCAGAGAAAUUAGUCUUAUGUGAAGGUGUGAUGUAAAAUGGCGGAUUGUGUUUGAGCCUGGGCUUAGGAAAGUGAGACCCUCCCCCCUCGGUUAUUACUGUCCAAUUGGGCCAUAUGUGUUCAUAGCUCAUUAGAGUACAGUGUAAUCCCACUCCCAGCCUCUGGGUGGCAGCAUUAGAUGGUACGGUGGGCUGAAUCACACAGCUGAUGUCUGCCCAGCUGCAUACAUGUAAGUCAUGUUUCACAAAGCAUCUCCAGAACUAGGGGCCUCCCUAGAAAAGCACUCCACCGAGCCCACCCCAUCCCAAAGCUAGCAUCCGUUUCCAGCACCCAGAAUGGGGGGAGGGGGUCAGAUCAGGAAAAUACGGUGCCCAAAUUCAUUCUUUCACCGCUGUCCCAACUUCCUGCGCUCCCCUUUGUAGUUUUCUGUCACUGUAAUACCAUCGGCGGAAGUGCUUCAGGUCUGAACGGUAGAUUUCAGGAUGGAGGUGGAUCAUUCCUAAGGGGCUAGCCGUGGCAUAGUGUAACAAAAAGAUCCCCCACGUGGCUUAGAGCCCGUUUCACGAAACCCUCUCCACGAAACCCGCUCCACAAAACCCUCCCCACGAAACCGACUCCAUUGGAGACGUGAGAGAACGUACAUACCUUCCGUGUGAACAUGCCCCAAGAGGAACGGAAACAGAACAAUAUGGUAGAACAGCUGGAUCUACACACUACUCACCUAAACACCCACCCCUUCCAAAUCUCCCCCCCCCCCUCACCCCACCCCACCCAACCCUUCACAAGAAGGUGAACUGUAAAAGGAGCUGUGAGUAGUCUUUCUUAUUUCCAAAAAAAAAAAGCCUUAUUAUCACUGUAACAUUAUGAAAUGUUGUAUUGUUAAGAUUAUUUGAUUUUUGUUUUUACCUACCUUAAAGUUUAUUUUACCUGGGUUUUUAUUUUGUUUCUUAAAACAGAGAUAUUAGUCACAAUAUUAGCAGGAAAAAUACAAAUGCUUAUUUGUUCAUAUUAUGUUGAAAGACAUUAUAUUUUUUCACUGUAGAAAUUUUAAGUAUAACUUGUGUGUGAGUAUGUAUGUAUAUAUAUAUAUAUAUAUGUGUGUGUGUGUAAAUAUAUAUAUGUAUAUAUAUACUCACACAUACAUUUAUAUUUAAACUGAGAAUAUAAAUAUAUAUCAUCCCGAAUGUUAGUAUACAUUUUGCUUUUUGUUUUUUGUUUUUUCCACUUUUUUACCACUCAUAAACUUUUAAUUUCUCAUGUACAAAAAUAAAACUCCUUUUUAUAUUAAUGAUUUUUAUUUGUAAUCGUAACUUUUGGAAAAGCUUGUUUUUCUGGAAUCAGUGAGGAGAGGGAUCUGUCUUAGGGCUCCUGUUGCGAUUGUUCAUUCUUACCACUUGGUACAACUGUGCCCAUGGUGUGUAAAGGCCUUUUAAUGAUUACUGAUAGUAGUAAUAGGAUGAGCAAAAGUAUUCAUUUCAAAGUAGUAGAUUAACCGGUCUACUUAACAUUGAAUUUGAGGCAUAAUUUGAUUAUAACCAAUUAAUUAUUGCUGUACAUGCUGGAUUUAAUCAAACCAUACAUUACAGCAGUUUACAGAGCAGGAACUUUUGCCCACUCUUUCCCUCUCUCUGGAAUAGUUUUUUUCCUCCCCCUCUAAUUUUUGUUGUACUAACGGUUCAAUCAUGCAUUUGUUAAAUACCAGUUACAGUCCAGAAUAUAGUACCUGUAAAUAAUCAAAUAUAUUAUAAGUAUUUGUAUAAUUUGACCCUCACUCAUUUUUAUUCUGUAAACAAAAGAAAAAUUAAAAAAAAAAAAAUCUUCCGCUAACUGCAAAUCUCCCGGUGUUUUUCAAAGGCCUGUUACCCUUGGCAACAUUUACGCAUUUACGAGUUCUGGUCCCUGUUUUUAUGACCUGUUAUUUUUUCCCUUUAAUUCUUUAUUCGGUUUGUUUUUUUAUGGGCAGUGUUCCCAGGUACAGCUCUGAAGCGCUGCUGGCCUUCUGGCUGAACCCACAGUGGCCGGGCGCGGCUGACUCCCGAGUAGCCAUGGAAACCCCCGCUGGGGUUCCACCUGCCUGGGCACAGGCCUGGUGCGUGCCAGCCUGCCUGCUUCUCAGACCUGUUUUUAUUAGUUUUAUUUUAGAUAAAAGCAUCUGGUUUUCCCCAAUCCCCCUUUUCUCCGGUCCCAGAUGUGGGAGGCGACAGCUGUCCAAUGACAACGGCCCGUCAGCUCGACACUUGAUUGGACAACCGUAUUUUUUGUUCAUUUGUGUGGUUUCUAUUUUAAAAAUCUAAUACGUUGUGUAUUCUGAUCCAAAAAAUAAAACGAGAAAGAGAAGUGCUUGGUGCCCAGUGCCUGAACAGCCAAGGAGCGCGUGUAUCGGGUUAGCGCGAGAGGAAAAUGGCGGACUUCGCACCUGGGCGAUCUUCAGACGUUUGUUUACCGACGCGUUGCAGCCCGUGAGAGAGUUGUGCUGCUGCAUGCCUCCCACCACUGCCCCCGAAAAAAAUUAUUCAAUUAUCGUGUCGUAUGAAUUCUGUGUGUAUGACAUUGUCGGAAAGCUCUAUGAAUAUACAGAAACAUGCCAUGUUGCUUUUUUUUGUUAAGGGACACAGGAUGAUAUAUCAAACAGACAAACAAAACACAAAAUGGAGGGGCACUUGGGACAGUGAGCAGGGCUGCAGGAUACAAACGGACUCUCCCGCUCUCUCUCUGCCGCUGUCCUGAGUACCGUCGAGGCUUCUGAAGGUCUGGGAUUUUGACGUGAAUACCAUCCAUCAUCAGAAGAGGGACGCGAAGAGAAAAAAAAAACCCCUCCUUUUGACUUGACUUGGCGAAGGACCCACGCCAAAAAACAAAAAAAACAAAACAAAAAAAAAGAACUGAGACCACUGGCGUCUUUGGAACCUUAUUCAGCGUGUUAUUCUGUGACUUAUCGUGAAAGUUGCCGACUUUGAACAGCAGCCAAACUAGUGGAGCAUUUUUUGUUUGAGGGGGUGAGAUAUGAAAUGGGAAAAAAAAGUUAAAAUAUAUAUAUAAAUACAAGUCGAACAGCCAACGUGAGGAGAGUAAAACAAAAAAUAACACAAAUAAAAAAAGUUUUUCUUUGUAUGAGGGCCAAGUGCUAUUGCUUUCAAACUGUUACUUCUAACUGAAACAAUAAUUGGUUUAAAACCACUGUGUAUGUAGAUAUGUUGACUUUGUAUUAAAGAAAAGGUUGUCUGAAAGUA